AUGAAUUUGAUCGAUCAGCCGGCCCCAGAAGUAGUAUUGGAGCAAGGGAAAUUGGUCGGUAAAAUAAGCACAGAUGGAUCCUUUUUUGAAUACAUUGGAAUUCCUUAUGCAACAUCUGACAUUACUACACGAUUUAAGGUUAGUUUAGGCACCCGGACCCGCUCCAUCCUGGAAGGGUAUUUACAAAGCAAUCGGCGAUAAAGGAAUGACAGUCUGUAUUCAGCCAGGUCUUUUCAAUGUUAUCAUAGGUAUUGAGGACUGUCUCAUGGCUAACGUUUACGUACCUGCUAUGACAUCACGACCUCUACCUGUCAUGGUUUUCAUUCAUGGGGGAGCAUUUCUGUUCGGUAGCGGUGGAAAGUUUUUGUAUGGGCCAGAGUUUUUUAUGAGGAAAGAAGUCAUAUUAGUGACAUUUAACUAUAGGUUAGGAGCAUUAGGAUUCACUUGCUUAGGUAUAAAAGAAGCACCUGGAAAUGCAGGACUGAAAGACCAAAGAGCUGCAUUGCGGUGGGUUAAGAAAAAUAUUGCUGCAUUUGGCGGUGACCCAGAUAACAUAACCCUCUUCGGUGAGAGUGCUGGUGCGACUUCUACUGCCAUUUUGAAUAUUAGCAAUUCGACUGAAGGUCUGUUUAAUAGAGUUAUAAUUCAAAGUGGGACUUCUAUAUCUAACUGGGCAAUAAACAGAAAUCCAGUAUGGAGGGCAAGUCUUGUGGCCAAAGCAUUAGGUUUUGAUGCCGAGGAUCCAUAUGAUCUUUAUAAAAUAUUUAGUGAAGCAAAUGUUAACGAUUUGAUAUCAGUCCCACCUGGUAAACCUGUGGAACUCUUCUUUGAUACUGAACUAUUACAUCUGCCAUGUAUAGAAAGUAUUAUUCCAGGAGAAGAACCCAUUAUUACUGAUUUACCGUUUAAUAUUCUAUCAAAAAAAGUAAAAGAUAUACCUAUGAUCAUGGGGUCAAAUACGAAAGAAGGAAUGUUCUUGACAACUUUUGAAACGGAUGAAAGCUUGAGUCCAAGAAAUAGCAGAUACUUAGUUGCUAGUGAUUUACGAUUUAAAACAGAGGAUGAAGGAAUGGAGGUAUCACAAACUAUUCGGGAAUUUUAUUUUGAUAAUGAGCCUUUAUCAACAAAGAAUAUAAAAAAUGUGACUAAAUUUUAUACGCAUUUAUUUUUUGAAAUACCUGCUAUGCAAGAAACAGAACUUUUAUUAAAUCAAAAUGAGUCACCAGUAUUUAAUUAUCUAUUCAACUACUCUGGUAGACGUAAUUUUGUAAAGCAACGAACUAUCUUCUCCAAUGAAGAAGGUGCAUGCCAUGGCGAUGACCUAUUUUACAUGUUCAAUUCUCUUUUGUUGCCAUUCAGAAUUACAGAAAAAGACUGGAAUGUGAUGGAACAAUUUACUAAUAUGUGGACUAACUUUGCAAAGUAUGGGGAUCCUACACCAAAGAACAGUCAUGUACCAAUUAGAUGGGAGCCCAGUUCGAAGACUGAAGGCUUGAAGUUUCUAUAUAUUGAUGAAGAAUCAAAAAUGGGACCGAUGCCUGAUAAGAAAGCUUACGACUUAUGGAAAGGAAUUUAUCAAAAAUAUAGAAAACUUAAUGUCAGCUUACCUUCUAUAGAAAUAAAUAACGAAAAAAAAUAA